AUGUUCCGAAAGUUUAACAAAUGGAAGAUCUCUCGGUCAGAGGUGAGCUGGACCGCAUCAGUGAUUGUUCCUAUUCUGGAGGAGUUCAUGUUUGUACAGCAUGAGCGCCAACUCAAUCACAUCAGCUGGCAAGCAACGCAGGAGCAGCCAUACCAGCCAGAUGUUAUCGGAUUGGCCGAUGAGGGUAAGACAGAGGUCUACUAUGGAGAGAUCAAGGUGGCUAAGGCCGGUCUUGAGGAGCAGCACACAGAUCGUCUUCGGCUGAUCAUCUUUUCCAAGGAUGCUCUGGACCUUUUUGAGCGGACUUUGGACACCACUCCUCCUGUGAUAUCCGCCCAAGUGGUGGGGCGACAGGCGGUGUUUUAUUAUGCAGUCAAGAUCGGCAACACCAUCUUGCACUGUAAGCUUUCUUCAUUCAGCAUGCCUGUGACCCUGGGCGAAUUCAAUCUACAUGACGUUUUCUUUCCUUUCUUUCCUUUCUUUCCUUUGUUCCAGGUGCAGUCGCUGACCAGGUUGGCAAAGGAAGGCUUAGAUCAUAAACGACAAGCACCUUUGGCCACUGUACCUUUCCCGACUAUGGGUACUCCUAGUCUCCGUAUAGCCAUGAACAAGAACAAUUAG